AAGUGGUAUUCUUGGUUAAAGCCAGCUGUCGAGAACGUUCGAAUCGAUGUCCGUGAUAUACUUUCCAAUUCUCAGGCACAAAGUAAGUCCAAGGUUGGUUGGUCCCUUCUCCUGUGUUCCACCUAAACGGUCACAGAGUUCCAGACAAUGCGCGUUAAGCUAGACAUCACCAUUGGCCUUUCACCCAGUAGUACCUCAGUCGUAUGCACAUAGUGGAUGUAACCUCGAAGGGUUCUGAUGAAAUAUCUGCAGGAUGUAGUGCGCGCUCAAGAUAUUCCUGCGCCUCCGAACACUGAUGGCCUACGCUCAACCACUGGGGAACUCCUUGGCCAGUGUCCUCGUUUUCGGAUCUUGGUAAUGGGACAGUCGGGAAUUGGAAAAUCUACACUGAUCAAUCGAGCGUUUGGAAUCGAACAGGCAUCUGCCGAACACUUCGUGCCAGGAGAAGCAGAUGUUGAGAAGGAACUCAUCUCACCGCAAAACAAUCGAUUCGUCUUGCAUGAUAGUAAAGGUUUCGAACCAGGUGACGACGUCAACUAUGACAAUGUGAGGCGAUUCAUAGAGAACAGGAAGAAUCGAGAACACGUCAAGGAUCAGCUGCAUGCAGUUUGGCUGUGUUUCCGGAUACCCGCCCCGGAUCAUGGGGAGAGGCUUCUGGAACAAGGUAUGGAGACAUUCCUGAAAGGGGGUACGGAUAUUUUUCGGAACAUUCCAGCCAUCGUCGUGUUCACGAAAUACGAUGAGCUUCUGGGUGGCAUGAAAAUGCAAAAGAAAGCGGACCCUGACACGGCAGCAAAAGAAUAUCUACAAGAGCAUUGCUUCGAUCCGAUUGCGGAGUUCACCGGAAGCACCGAUCUCUCGUUUGUAGCAGUCAGCUCAAAGCCCGGGCUGGAGCAGGGCCACAAGCAGUUAAUCAACCUCACCCAUCAGAAAGUUACCGAAAGGUUUAGGCUCCAGACAGAUACACCAUCACCAGUUUCUGUGGUAACCCUAAUGGCACAGAGAACGCUGCCGAAUUUGAAAAUCGAGGGGUCCAUAGAUGUUGGCAGGCAGAGAUACUGGAGGACACUGACGUCGAGUGCCAAUUUCAAGGAUCACACGAUUAUCGAGUGCCUUGCCGUUAUCCAUACUGACAUCGUGUGCGUGUGGAAUUUUAACGAUCCGUUUCAAUAUCUGUACAGCGAUGAAUUUCGAAGACUGAUGGUGGGGACCACCGAUGCAGCCACUCCUGCGUCCCGCAAUCUCAGUCGCGUUGAUUCCACGAAUGCAAUAUGCGAGGCUGGAUCCCCGCUCAUGCUCCUUGUGCCUUUGAUUCUACCGCUUGAGGCGGGCCUAGGUUUUGUCCAAUGGGCUCAUAAAAUCUAUCAGCGGCUACCCAAAGUACACCACAAGUUCAUGGCUUAUAUCGUCGAUCUGGUUCACGUCUUGGAGAUAUUGUUCGCACUCACGGCCAACAACAACGAAAAGAAACUUACACGUGGCGCCAUAACUUUGGCUUUUAACGCAUACUACUAUUCAGAAAUGCGACUUUCCGCUCACCAGCGUAUAAAGCGCUUUGACUUUAAGGUGCCGGGCCGCGAUACCGUUCUCGAGAAGAUUAUUUCCUUGGUCAGAAUGAGCCCUGUUGCCGACAGUGACAUUUCCAGGGUGCUUGCAAGCAUUCGUCCAGCAGACUUGGAGCGAGACGAGGAGUGGCGUACUAAUGCUAGCGGUUAGAAAGCAUAUUGAAAGCUACAAUACUACAAGCAUAUCAGUCCCCUAGUAUUUCUCAGGUCUGUCUAAUCACUUCUCAUCAUUUGUACGAUCCUGCUUUCUGUCAUCGCUAUUGUCUCAUCUUGCUUUGUAUGACCAUCCUAUACCCUGUAUCCCGAUUCCCUACUGGAAUACCAUGCUGACAGAUCUCUUGGGCACUCUGACCGAUCCACGGAUGCAAGGCUGUAGUG